AUGGAGCUUACCGACGCUCAGGCAGGAGUGAUAUCGAAGGCAGUCGACCUUCUGAGGUUUGCAGUCCAGUGGGGGUUCGUGCCUAUGACUUUGUACCUUGGCUUCAGACACGGUGCUGAACCAGGACCUAACGGUCAAGUUGUGCCGCUGACUAUACUUAGCAUAUUAUGGGGCUGA